GGCGGAACCAGAGGUCACGUGACGUCGCGCGGGCUGCGCGGGCAGUGGUGGGAAGGCUGGCGCGAGGCGUGAGGUGGCGUGAGGCGGCGUGAGGCGAAGCCGGAAUCUGGCUCUGUCACGGGGGCUGGUGCCUCACGGGUUUGUGUACUAGACAGGCGAGUGGAGCCAAGUGGGCGAGAGACAUUUUAAUCUGGAAGAGUCUUGUGAUUUGGGAGAUAGGUUUGGUAACCGUUCGUUACUCAGUAAUAAAUCUCAGGAAGGAUUGCCAGAUUUUUAGGCAGUGGCUAUGUGUGUGUGUGUGUGUGUGUGUGUGUGUAGUAGUAGUAGUAGUAGUAGUAGUAGCCUGUUCAUCUUUUUUUUUUGAGACGAAGUCUCGGUCUGUCGCCUAGGCUGGAGUUCAGUGGCGCGAUCUCGGCUCACUGCAAGCUCCGCCUUCCGGGUUCACGCCAUUCUCCUGCCUCAGCCUCCCAAGUAGCUGGGACAAUAGGCGCCCGCCACCACGCCCGGCUAAUUUUUUGUAUUUUUAGUAGAGACAGGAUUUAACUGUGUUAGCCAGGAAGGUCUCGAUCUCCUGACCUCGUGAUACGCCCGCCUCGGCCUUCCAAAGUGCUGGGAUUACAGGUGUGAGCCACCGCGCCGGGCCAGCCUGUUCAUCUUUUAUAAUAAAUAGUGAAGAAGUAAAAUAUUCACAAGAUGAAGAUUUUUCCAGAAGGGACUUUGAGUCAAAGAUGGCUUUUUAUAUUUGACAAGUCUUGUCAUCUGCAAUGAAGAUCAUUGUGAAACAGAAGAUUGAUUAAAGCCUUGUAACAUUGGACCUAGAUUAGAGAUUUAGAAAAGAAAGUCAAAAUUAGUCACUUUGGUGUUAGUGUUCCCAUUUCAUAUUAUUUAUUCUUUCUUCUAAAUAGAUUUAGGGAGUAGAAAUUAAAAUUCAAUGCUAUACCAAAGGAUAUACCAAUAUUUAUUCGGCUUUUUUUCCCUUUUUGUGAGGGAGAAAAAAGUAGAUAACGAAAAGCUAUAGUCAUUCAUAAUGAAAUAUACUAAACAGAAUUUUAUAAUGUCAGUUCUUGGCAUUAUAAUCUACAUAACUGAUUUAAUUGUGGACAUAUGGGUAUCUGUCAGAUUUUUCCAUGAAGGACAGUAUGUUUUUAGUGUUUUAGCAUUAAGCUUUAUGCUUUUUGGAACACUUGUGGCUCAGUGUUUUAGUUAUUCUUGGUUCAAGGCUGAUUUAAAGAAAGCAGGCCAAGAAAGUCAGCAUUGUUUUCUUCUACUUCAUUGCUUGCAAGGAGGAGUUUUUACAAGGUAUUGGUUUGCCUUGAAAAGGGGUUACCAUGCAGCUUUUAAAUAUGACAGCAAUACUAGUAACUUCAUGGAAGAACAAAUUGAUCUACAUAAAGAAGUUAUAGAUAGAGUGACUGAUUUGAGCAUGCUCAGACUAUUUGAGACCUACCUGGAAGGCUGCCCACAACUUAUUCUUCAACUCUACAUUCUUCUGGAGCAUGGACAAGCGAAUUUCAGUCAGUAUGCGGCCAUCAUGGUCUCUUGCUGUGCUAUUUCUUGGUCAACUGUUGAUUAUCAAGUAGCUUUAAGAAAAUCCUUGCCUGACAAAAAGCUUCUUAAUGGAUUAUGUCCCAAAAUCACAUAUCUCUUUUACAAGUUGUUUACAUUAUUAUCGUGGAUGCUGAGUGUUGUACUUCUACUAUUCUUAAAUGUUAAGAUUGCUUUAUUUCUGUUGUUAUUUAUUUGGUUGUUAGGUAUAAUAUGGGCAUUUAAAAAGAACACCCAGUUUUGUACUUCUGUAUGUAUGGAAUUCUUAUAUAGGAUUGUUGUUGGAUUCAUUCUUAUCUUUACAUUUUUUAAUAUUAAGGGACAGAAUACCAAGUGUCCAAUGUCUUGUUAUUAUAUUGUUAGGGUACUGGGCACUUUGGGGAUAUUGACUGUAUUCUGGGUUUGCCCCCUCACUAUUUUUAAUCCAGACUAUUUUACACCUAUCAGUAUAACUAUAGUUCUUACUCUUCUUCUUGGAAUUCUUUUUCUUAUUGUUUAUUAUGGGACUUUUCACCCAAACAGAAGUGCAGAAACAAAAUGUGAUGAAAUUGAUGGAAAACCAGUUCUAAGAGAAUGUAGAAUGAGAUAUUUCCUAAUGGAAUAAGCUAUUCAUUUAUGAUAUAUAUUUUCUUAUAUUUUGUUUCAUUGGUUAGUAAAGAAAAUGUGUGUUA